AGUCUGACAGAAUGUCUCAAACGGAUAAAAAGCGCGCGAGAGAUGAUAAAAUAGGAAAACUGAUGGGAGAAUAUCUUCUAAAAGGAUAUAAAAUGCUUGGUUCUACUUGUAAUGUUUGCGGAACGAUAUUGUUGAAAGACAGGCAACAGCAAGACUACUGUAUUGGCUGUAGUGAGCUUGACAACCACUUGCCUGUGACCCACACACACUUUACCUCACAAGUGCAACCAAUGCCCUCCUAUAUGGCACAACAAAUUGGUACCCAACAUGAAAGCCAAAAUGAUGAAAAUCCAGAGCAUAAUGACAACCACCCAGGAAGUGGAGGCAGCACCUCCCUUAAUGAAGAUCGCACCACACACUUGAUAUCUCAAACCAACCUUAAAACAGUGGAUGAGGCAAUGCUGAAGCUGGAAAGAAGGCUGCUGUGGGCAGCUAAUCAACUAGGCAUGGCAAGCUCAGUGGAAAUGGACAUAAAACUAUGUGAAUUAAUUUGUCAUUGUGGAAACGCUUUAAAAACAUUGAAGGAGUUAAAAUAAUAAAUUGUUCAUAAAAAUUUUGUUAGAACAAGUCCUUAUCUUUAUUAAACCUAUAUAACCAUCAUAUUUGUA